AGGAGUCGAUUUGUUCACCCUCUCUAAAGGGUUCACCCAUUUCAUAAGAACGGUGAACAUCACCCCCGCCCCUCCCUCCCUCCAUUGCAUGUAAUUUGGUAUGGGUAUACCAUGUUGUCAUGCUAUAGCGUGCAUUUUUUUCCUACAUCAAGAGGCAGAGGAUUUUGUUGAAAGCUGUUAUAAGAGGGAGAAUUAUUUAAGGGCAUAUUCUGGAUCUAUUCCCCCUUGUGAAGGUGAGAGGCAUUGGCCACGGAUAGACUGUCCAUUGUAUCCCCCUCCAAUAAAAAUUGGUCCUGGCAGACCGAGACGGAACAGAAAAAAAGAUCCAUUUGAAGACCCUAAAAAAAGUGGUAAGCUUACUAGACAUGGUAUGGAGAUGACCUGUAGUGUUUGUCAAAUUAAAGGGCACAAUAAGAGAAGAUGUCCAAAUAGAGACAAGGCUAUUGUCAAAGAGCCUCAACCGAAGAGACCCAGGGGUCGACCAAGAAAUGAUGUAAAAGCUCCUCAAGCUUAUACACCUACAAUUGAACCCCUUAGCCACAAUUCAGCCACAGCCGAACCAAGUAGACUGGGAAGAGGAGGGAGAGUCAUUAGAGGAGGAAGAGGAUCUAGAGGAGGAAGGGGAUCCCGAGGAGGAAUAGGCAGAGGGGGGGAUAAAAAUAAGGUGCCAGAGGGAUUUGGGGUAUUUGUUGCUAAUGAUGGGUCCACAUAUACACAUGUUCCAGGCCGGUCAGGAGGACCAAUAAAUUUGGCAGAAGUAUCAACUUCAGGGUCCAACAUAUGUCAACUAAGUCAAACUUCCGGUUUAGACAGCAAUUUCAGUUUGUGAUAUCAGUACUUAGGAUUUGGGCACCAUUGCAGUUUGUUAUAUGAUGUUUAGGUAGAUGAUUUUGUGCUUCAUGGGUUUGUAAUAUUUUGCACCA